AUGGCCACGCAACACCAGGACCCGGGCCGAUACAUCCUAAACCGGUUCACGGAGAUCGAGAGCACCACUGAUAUUGACUGCAUCAAAGCCGAGGCAAGGAACCUACAGAGCUUCAUCAACGAUGGUGUGAGACUCCUCACCGAGAAGCUGCCUCCCUCCGCGGACUUUUUUGACGGAGUAGACUUGUACACUGGGGCCGCCGGUAUAUCCGCCCUGUUUCUGCACCUACACCAGCUCACAAAAGCGCAAGCACUUCCACCCACCAAAUAUCACCAUCUCACGCCCUUGGAGCUGUCUCGCGCAUACAUGGACAUUGCGGUCUCGGCAAUCGUUUCGGAGCUGCAGCAGGAUGCACCGGGCCAUGUUGGUCAUCGCUGUGGAAUUGCUUCGAACGCGGGAGUUUGGGCCGUAGCAGCUGCAGUGUACUACGAGGAGAGUGGAGAGUUGGAGCUCACGGACGAAUCUCUGAUGCACUUCAAAAAGCUUGAAAAAGCUUGCUACGGCUCCAAAACAUCCGACGAACUACUCUAUGGCCGGAUCGGAUACUUGGCCGCAUACAACUUCCUCCUCUCCCACCUACCCUCCAGGGUCCUCAGCUUCCACUUCCCAGAACCCCCAACCAACCGGCUCAUCGAUAAAAUCGUAACCUCCGGAGCUAACGGCGAAAACCUUCCUACCAGCGCUCCUCUCCGCUGGGCAUGGCACGACCGCUACUACCUCGGCGCCGCCUACGGUACCGCAGGGAUACUCGCCGGACUGUUGAAAACUCCGUAUGCGAUGCAGACAUAUCGCCCGGAGCUGGAAGCUACUGCAAGGCAUUUGAGGGACCUGCAGACGCCUACUGGGAACUGGUUGUCGGCGGACCAUGGUCGGCAGAGGGAUGAGAAGGAUGAGUUGGUGCAGUGGUGUCAUGGGGCGCCUGGCGUCAUUCACACGAUGAUCCUAUCCCACCAACGCUUCCACGACGCAUCAUACCUCGACGCUGCGCUCAAGGCAGGCGAGCUGGUCUGGAAGAAAGGGCUUCUCAGGAAAGGCGUCGGACUCUGCCACGGCAUCAGCGGCAACGCCUACGCAUUCAUCGAUCUCUACCACGCCACGGGCGACCCGGAGUGGAUGAGGCGAGCAUUGCACUUCGCCUGCGUAAUCGAGCAAUGGCAAACCCUCACCUACGCCCAGCACGAGCUCAACGAGCCAGACCACCCGUACUCGCUGUUCGAAGGUCUUGCGGGCGCGUUGUACUUUGCGGCGGAUUUGGUUGCUUGGGGAAGCGGGGUAGAGGAUGCUGGUGGCUUUUUGUUCUACUCGAACGCGCGUGCGGAUAGGGAUACCACUGGCGGGAGGGAGGAGUGA